CACCAUUGGUCUGUUGAAUGAGUGGGGACACGGGGCGGGGCGCAUCAGAUGCAGAGGUCCAUGAAUGGAAUGGGUCACACGACAGAAAAACCUGCGCACACAGACGGACGCACCGAGGCGCGACAGACAGACACUGCACAGACAAAUCAACCAACACACACAAAACGACACGCACUCUCACGCAGAAAGUUGGCAGGCAUGCACUAGAGGCAAUCGACAGCAGCCAGGGAUCGAUGAGAACGCAGCAAACAGCAGGCAGUGUGUGUGUGUGCCUAUGGUCGGCCGCCGGUUGGUGGCUACAUGGGCGGGGCUGUACACGUGUGUGCGGAUGGAUGGAUGGAUGGAUGGGCAUGCAAAUGUCUGUCUGUCUGAGUGUCUCUCUGUCUCUUUACGCUACCUGUAUGUAUGCAUGGUGUGUGGACACAGAUGGAUGCGAUAUGGAUCCGGAUCAAUUGCAAAGCAGUGAGUGGUGUACGUACAUUACAUGCCAGCUGGCUCUCUCCCCGCAUCACAUCUCACUCUGAUGUCGCUCUCCUCUCCCCGUACGCAGGCACUGUUCUCUCUCCCUCUCUGGCAAUGCCUGUCAGUCAGUCUAUCUGUAUGUGUGUGUGUGUGUACGUAGGCAGGCAAGUGACUAGGUAAGCAGGUGGGCGUCCUGCCCUGCCCUGCCGUGCCUGCCGUGCCCUGCUGGGUGGGGUGCAUUGCUGCUGUGUUGAUGCAAACCACUACCAGCCAUGCACUGCACGCAGACGGCCGCACCGCACGAGCAUCGGUCUAAGUAUGUAUUUUAGUACACAGCCUCGCAACAAAUCGACUAGGCAUGCCCCUCCUCCCCAGCAGCCACUGCGGCCAGCAGCAAUCAAAACCAACAAAAAUUCAAGUACACAGAGUGAGGAACACUGAGCCCCAGUCAGUCCACAUAAGGCAUACACACGCAUGCGGUCGGCUGAAGAUGAAGCGACAGCAGCUUACGCAACAAAUCGUGAGCGAGUGAGUGAGGCAGUCAGUGGUGCGGUUGGUUGUAUGCACUUAGGAAAGAAGAAACGUAUGGAUGGACGCCCCUCCUCGUGUUGACAAAAAAGCGCCUCUGCUGGUCCGUGGGGUUGCGGCAAGUUAUUGGUCCGAUGAUCGAUCGCAUGAGUGCACUCACUCGUCUGCCCUUUUUCCGUCUGCCUGUCUGUAGGCCGCUGGCUGUGCCUUGACGCCCCUUGUGGCCACGUUCCCACCAGCCACUUGCUCACAUGGCUGGCGGAAGCGUCACAUCAAUGGCCAUCAAGGCACAUCCAGACAGCCCAUCCAGUAGGCAGCAGGGUGGGUUGCGAAACACUUGCCUGUUCUUCGCCUGUCCUUCAUCGUCAAUGUGCACGUGUGUGUCGGGGUGGUUUCCGUCAGGUGAGCCCAGUCAGCCGGUCAGCCGUUGGGUGAGUGAGUGAGUGAGUCAGCCACACACACACACACACAUACACAGUCCCUAGUUACAGCGUUAUUACACCACAAUACCUACCAGUAGCUGUCUCUCUCUCUCCCCCUGAGUACGAAUGUCUGCCUGUCUGUCUCUGUGCCAUAAUUCGAUGAGCAGUGCACAUUGAUAUCACACGUAUCACACGCUGUCUCUGUCUGACGGCACGCACUCUCGCACGCACACGCACCCCACACACAAGAGAAGAUGCCAACAUAGAGACGCAGGCCAGAGCAGAGCAGACCAGGGCUCACACAGACACACGAGGCGAAAGAGGCUUCCCCACACUGCACAAAGGGCAACCACGGUCGGUCGCCUCGCUUUGUGUCGGGGGCCAGCCCUUCCGACUCACAGACAGACAGACAGACAGUCAGACAGACAGAGAGAGAGACAGAGAGGGAAGAGGGCGGCAGUGCACUGCGAGCAGUAGGUAGAUUGGUAGCCUACGCGAGCACAUCGCGCCAGUCAGCCUCCUCUGUCGCUCCUCUUAUCUGUUUGUCUGUCUGCCUGCCUGCUUGCUGCUAUCCACAGGGGGUCUGCACAGAGGUCGACAAAACAGAGGGAGUGAGAGCACCGGGGCAUGGGAGCCGACAUGGAAGCAUCGCGACAGACAGAAAGGCAUGAAUAUCCAGAGAGCGUACGUGUGCAAGGUGGGUGCAGUGUGUGCGUUGCGUUGUGUGUGUGUGUGUGUGUGCCAUCGGCCGGCUGUGCCCACACACAUUCACACGUCGGUCAUGGUACUGUCAAAACACAACAAAAGGUAGACGGUCGGUAUGGUUAGUCAUUCAUUCAUUCACUCGCGCAGUCAUUCCCUCACUGGCUCACUCAUGCCGGCCGGGGUGUAUGGUACAGCAGAUGGAUAGAGAGAGAGAGCGAGCUGGACAGCAAAACUAAGGCACGCACGGCACUCACAGCCCCUCUCCCCUCUCCCUUCUGUGUGUGUGAGCGUAUGGUACAUCCCUAACCAAAGCGACCAAGCAAGCAUCUCGUCUGUCAGCCAGUCAGACAGACAGGCAGGCAGACAGACGGGCCUCAGCCCAAGUUGAGCUGAGCCCCCCGCCUCGCCCGCCAGCUGACUCUUCCCGCAACUGUCUGUCUAUCUGCAUAGGUGUGCAUGGUGCGUCGCGUCAUUGUUGUGUCUUGUCGUCUGCUGCCCGCUCGCCGUCUGUCAGUGAGACUGGCGACGCAAAAAAUGCCAACCACACUGCGGACCAGAGAGAAAGAGCGACAGACAGAUUCCCUCCUGCAGGCAACGCAUCACACCAUGCCACACCAUCGUCACGCCACUGUUGCUAAUUGUAGUCCUGCCGUUGAGAAUGGCAACCACACACACACACGGGGGGGAGAGAGGGAGAGAGAGAGCAGAGUGAGCGACAGGCGAGACGAGGCACUCCGAGCCAACGAAGACACGAACAGGUGGAUGGAUGGAUGGAUGGACGACCACCGACCGACCGACCGACCUUUCUGCAGGCAAUGACUGCACAUCACAUCAUGUGCAGGGGCCGUGUGAGAGAAAAAGACGACCCACUGCGUUGCGUCGCGUUGCGUUGCAUUAUCCGACAGACAGCACACAAACAGUAUGGUAUGGCAGCGAAAGAAGCGGGCGAGAACAACACUCUCUUGUUAGUCGCUACGGCAGAGAGACAGGGUGAGCGAGAGGCUGGUGAUGAUGAUGGACGAAAGGCAGGCAGGCAGGCAGGCAUAUGUAUCUCUGGCUGAGCCAGCAGGCGACACAACGACGCACACAACAAGAAGGCAGCGAGUCACUCUUGAAAAGACAGAGGGGGAUGGAUGGAUGGAUGGACCCUCGCCUCUUCUCUCUCUCUCUCUCUCUUUUGUCUCCGCUAUCGGCGCAUCCAGCCACGGAGACGAGCAGGCAGACUUGGAUUCUCACACGCACACGAACACACACAUGCAAGUGUGACAGCAAAUAAAGGGUCUUGCGCGUCUCUCAGCUGACCCCCACACGCACACAACGGACGGGCAUCCAUGGCAUGGCAUCCAGCCAGCCACCAUCACAGACAUACUUACACAAACACACACGCGAUACACACACAAUAUACAUAUAAUGAAUGCAUGAGAGACAUGAUAUGAUAUGGCGAGUGAGUGAGUCAUCAUGUUAUGUGUGUGACCUUCUUUCUGCUGGUUAGUUAGCUAGUGUACACGCAUCACACCACAACACACACACACACAAACGUCGUUACCCACGCGUCAUGAGAACGCAUCCCCAGCCUCUCCCUCUCCCUGUUGGCUGCUGUCGCCCUUCUGCCUCACAAUAUGUGCGAGUAUGGUCUCAAUAUCCGACGGCCCCACCCCGGGGCUGCUCGCAAGCCGCUUCAAGAUCGCCAACGUGUCCGCAGGGAUGCCCCUGCUCCUCACACCGCCUAGCAGCGAGGAAAGCAGCGCCUCAUGCUCAUGCUGAUGCUCGGCCGCCCUCUCCCUCUCCCUCUCCCUCUCCUCCUUGUUCGUCUCAGGAUGAUCCGCGGUGGCAGUUGCAGCGGUGUUGAUGGCCUCCACCCCGCCGUCACUCUCGACCAGCAUGCUGUCAUCCCCCGGCUCGUUCAGACUCAUCCCGGGGGCAGGGGAGCCGUCUCUCUCUUUCUCCCUGGUUCCAGCUGCUGCUGUGGCUGUGGCUGUGGCUGUCGCUGCGUGUGGUAGAGUGAGUGGCUGUGAUGGUGGUGGUGGUGGAGGUGGUGAUGGGCGGGAGGGUGGACUAGUGACGGCUGUCUUCUUGGGGAACUGCAGACGAAGCGCAUUGCCCAGGAACGUAACCUAACCAGCCCAAUAAGGAGAGGUGUGCAUGGAUGGAUAUAUAUGGCCAUACGGAUGUCUGUGCGCGCCCAUGUGAGCGCACCCCAUUGAGUUGCAGUCCGGCAUUCGCGGCUUCGACCGUCCGGAACUCAGCAAACGCAUAGUGACCUGAUCACACCAAACCAACCACGCCACUUCAGCCAACGGACAGGCAAAUCGCGCUUGUCGGCUCUCACAUACCGUCUCGGCUGAUCCAGGCACCAACAACCGGAUCAGCGCCACACAUCUGACAAUUAAUGAAGUGACAUAGACAGACACCACACAAGUGACACAGACAGACACCGUGGGUGUGGUUCGCUGCCCCUUCUCAGCUCAGCCGCCUACGUGUUUGUUGGCGUAGGUGCGGAGGGCGUUGUUGAGGAAUCUGACCAGGAUGGGCGGCGUGCAGUUCCGGGGCAGAUUGCCGAUGUACAGCUCGCGGCCGGCCUUCUGACUCAGCACGCCCGCACCAGCACCAGCGCCAGCACCACUUGCCGCCGAUGACGGACCACCGCACCUGCACACCCACAGCCAUCCAUCCAUCCAUCCGUCCAUCAAAGCCUUUCUCUUACCCAGCAGCAGCAGCAGUGGACGAGGAGGCGCCCUCAGUGGGUCCCUGUGUCAUGACGCCCGGACGACUGUCUUCUGUCUGCAGUGACAGCGACCGAGGGUUGAGCCAAUCGCCGCCGCCCCUCGUGUCAGAAGGCUGCGGCGGCGGCUGCUGGUGGGUAGUGGCUGCAUGAUGGUGGUGCGACACGUCCCUCACAGAUGGCGUGACGGUGACGUUUGAUCGGGGCGGCGGGAGGGGCCUGGAUGAGGGGGGCGGGGGAGGGGGAGGGGGGCGGGUGGCACUAGCACUAGCACUAGCGCUGCUGGUGCUCGAGGAUGUAUCGAGCUUCUUGGGCACUUCUAGACGGAGGGAAUAGCCUGACAGACGACGGACGACCACACGGGGUGCUUCUCGAGGGGUGGUCUUGUGUGUGGUGUGGUUGUGCGAACCAAGUAGGUUGAGUCUGCCGUUGAGCAGCGCUGCCCGGUGGGCCUCUUCCACCGUCCGCAACUCUAGGAACGCAAAAUGAUCUGAACAAUCACACACACCCCAACACACAACAAAUCGAUACCCCAUUCGUUCCAGCCACAACAUUCAUCGCACUACUCACUGUCUUUAUUGAUGUGGGCAGCCAGUAUCGGUGCCGCCACAGACGUGUUGACUCGGUGGUCCACGAGCUUGCCGUUGAGGAAGUCCACCAGCUGCUGCGCCUGCACGCCCGGCGGCAGGUUGCCCACGUACAGCUCCCGCAUGCGCUUCUCGCUCACAGCGGGGGCCGGUGGGGGGCCUGGGGCGGGGGCCGGGGUCAUGGUGGGGGGGGAGGGGGGAGGGGGCGCUCGGUGGCCCCGGGGCGUGGUGGUCAUGCAUGGUGGGUGGGCAGGGGGCAGCUGGAUGGAGGGGUGGCUGUGGGUGUGGGGGAGCAUGUCCGAUUCGGGACUGCCCAGCACCAGCCUGAAACGAAAAAGAAGAAAGAGAACAACACAGGUCAGGUGAUGUGUCGCGUCCUUCCCUGCCUGCGUAGCGUACCCUCUAGGGUGUGUUGGGCUGUGCGGCAUCUGGCCGACCCCUGCUACAGCCACUGGCACCACAAUCGCCGCUGCCGCACCGGCAGGACAGACACCACGCACUCCCACCGGCCGAAGCGGGGGGCCACAAGGCCGUGCGCCCACCACCGGCAGCACAUUCAGGGGCAGGGGCAGUGGGCGGGGCAUCGCCAUGCCGCCCCGUCCCACCAUCCCCACGCCCAUCUCUACUCCCAUCCCCACUGCCAUGCCCAUGCCCAGCCCCCGGUGCCUCUCGUACGACCUCGACCGAGACGAAGAAGCGCGAAAUCGGCCUCGGCUUCUGCUUCUACUCCUGCUGCGGGACCGGGAUCGCCUUCGCCGCCUCUCGCGAGACCGAUCCCGCGACGCAGAGGGCGACCGUCUCGGGGGCGACCUCGAGCGCGACGAUGGUCUUCUGCGGAUGGCGGGGGAUCGGGGUGAUCUGGAUGUGGACCUCUUCUUCUGGGGGCUCCGCCGCCUGUCGCGGUCACGCGAGUGCGAUCGCGGGGUCCGCAAACAGGUCGGGCAGCGGGCGGGGCACGCAUGAUGGCUGGCCGACACAUCAUGGCUAUGGCUGUGGCUGUGGCUGUGGCUGUGGUGUGGGGAUGGGGGCCUCUCCCGCCGAGAGUCGCGCUCCCUCUCUCUGCUGGGAGGUGAAGGUCUUCUGUCUUGCGAUCUGGGGGAGCGGCCUCGGGUGGGCAGGGAAGAGGGGGAGGCCGACGGGGAGGGCGAUGGUGGCGGCGGCGAGCGACGGCGACGGGCAGCGCUGACACACAGAAGAAAAAGGCCAUAGAGAGAAUGCAUGCAGACACUUGUGCAUCUGUUUCUUGCUGCGUACGUGGCUCCUCUGCCGCGAUCCGUGCCGCCUCUGCCCCGUCCCCUUCCGCCCCUAUCUCGCUCUCGCGAUGCGCUCCUCUCAGCCAUGUGCCCCUCGGCCACACCAUGAUGGUAGUGGUGGCCGCGGGAGUGCGUCCCGCCCCUCACUGCAGAGCCGCGGCGACUGGUGGGGUGGUGGGGAUGGUGAGAGGGGACCUCGUGAUGCUGGUGCUGGUGUGUGACGACUGGUGAUGACAUGUGGGAGUGGGAGUGGGAGUGUGGGUGUGGGUAUGGCGGCGACGGCAGCCUCCUCGACGGCUUGCGUGCCCUGUGGAGCCUCUCGACGGAUAUGGCGCUAUACAGACUUCGGACUGUUCCUCUGGUAGUCGACACACACACGCACAACCACACACAACCACACACAUACACACAUGCAAGUGUCCGUUGAGAGAGUGGUGUGGCUUGGCUGACCUGGAGCAGCUUCGUGAUGAGCUGGCCGUAUCGAACAGUCGUGAUAGAGUCAUCGAGCACCCGCCCUCCGGCAACUAACGCCUCGCGAACGACAGCAGGCAGACAGGCCACAGACAGACGCCCGAGAGCCACAACCAAAUCAAGCAGUGUCACUGAAAUCAAACCUCCAGGCCGUCCCCGAGUCUUCACAGCACCAAUAGUACGUAGAGCUCGACGUAGAGAGUGCUGCGGUGAGCUACGGCUCUCACUUCCGGCAGAAGGAGGUCCGGCGGCCUGUCAGGAUGGCCACCUGCCCCAGCCUCGCUUUCUUCGCCUCAUGGCGGAUGCCUACACCUUCUCUCC